AUGACGAAGGAUUUGGAUGUGAUAGUGGACGGGCUGUUGAGUGAUAUACGGCCCGAUGUAGUGAUUGUGGAUCAAGCUAGGUGUAUACCGGCGCUGGUGUUGUCGGGCAUACCAUGGGUGGCCACAUGUAGUUUCAAUCCACUGUUUUUCAUACCGGAUGAGCGCACACCUCCUGAAUUGUCAGGUCUAUCGAUAACUAGCCCUAAAAGCGAGUGGAAAGCCUUCAAGGAUGCCAUAAACUCAGCUCAAUAUUCCGGUUGGAAAACAUUCAAUGAAUGGGUGGUAUCGCGAGGUAUACCCCCUUUGGAGACCAAC